GAACAGCCCAGUGCCCAGCCCGUAUGCGCCACAGAGCCCCGCAGACUACAUGCAUUACAGCUACCCUCAGCACCAACAGAUCCAGCAAGUAUCUGUAUCCAGUCCGAUAGUUCCUAGUGGCAUGAGGAACAUCCAUGACAACAAGGUCUCCUGUCAAGUGUCGGGUAACUCCAACCAUAAUGCGAGGCUUUGCUCCAACGAUGAGUACAUCAGCAUCGUCCAGAGACUUGGAAAUGAUGAGAGUGACCCCGCUAUGAGAAAUGCCUCUUUUCCUGUACGUUCCGUCUGCUCCCCUGCAGGAAGUGAAGGAACUCCGAAAGGAAAUAUAUUCGGAGACAAGCAGCUAUGA